GCUGUUGCUAAGAGCCAGAGAGAGAAGACUCAGGUACUACUCUGGAAUCUGUGCUGUGUAGGGGAGUAUAAUCAGACUGUCAUGGCAGGAUACCAGCUCUGGUCCCCCUGGAGCCCCCUAGAUGAGAGUUUGCAAUGGCUUCGCCACACAACACCUACUUUUGCUUCCAAACAUCCUUUUAGAUUCUCGCCUUUUUUCCCACAGAGCCCCUGUGAUGUGGAAGUUCAACAGUGCUUUCACGAAGUAGCUGUGGUCUCUGUGAUGCCCAGGAUGAUAGCCGCAAGGAGCUCAGAGUUACCUGGCCACCCACUUGAGCCACAGAAAGGAACAGCAGCCAAGAAGACACCAACGAUUAGGAAGCCCCAGCCCAUCAGACUCCUUGGGGUGGAUUCAGUUUUUGGCAGGGUUAUUACAGUCCAGCCACCCAAGUGGACUGGGACCUUCAAAAUUUCUAAAACAUCGGCCUUCAGCAAAAUUAUCAGCAAAGAACAACAGUGGCCCACUGGACUCAAGGAGCCCCAGAUUGAGAUGACACUGGCCAUGUGCAAACAGAUGCUACGCUCCAUUCUUCUGCUGUAUGCAAUAUACAAAAAGUGCACCUUUGCCCUGCAACACUCCCAGUAAAGGGUUUCCAGCUGAUCUCAGUACGUCACGCUAUACUCUAUGGUAUGUACUGGAUCUUACAAAAACCUGUCUAUAUACGUCAAACUGUUACCCCCUUAUUAUGUUUUCCCCUCUUUCAAGCUGUAAUAGCCUAGAAGUUCCUCUCCUGCUUUUCUCUGCACAAGCAGUACCAAAGAGACUGAGCAAGGAAGAACAUUUCUGUUGAAAGCUGAAUGAACAUUGAAAAGUUAAACUACCACCAAUCAACAUGCUCCUGUGAUACCAACGAAUUAGACAAACUACACAGGCCAACCAGUCCAGUGUGAACACACUCAAGCCCCAAAGAUAACUGAAGCGCUCAGGGGAGAAGAGGAACUUUAUAUAUAUUAAAACAGACAUGUAUGGAUUUUUCUGAGUACCAGAAGAUUAAGCAUUCGAAAGUCAAAAUCUUAGUGUUCGUUAAAGACCAACUUGAGAACAGCUGUCCUUCAGCAAACAGAUUACCACCACAGCAACCUAACCAUAGGACCCUAAUAUUAAUGUGGGUAAAAAUGAUAAAAACGAUAAAAAAUUAAUCCUUACAUCCUGACAAGGAUGAAAUUGUUAGCAGUUGUGAGAGUUGACUUUUUUGGGAAGACAGGAGAAUCCCCAUUUUAGCUCCCGGUGUUGUAAUUCCAAUAAACCAUCAUUGUUGUAUUAAA